AAAUGCUGGUUUUGUCAAAUCCUUGUAUCAUUCGUUCAUUCGUUUUUGAAAAUAAAACCAAAAAUAAAAAAAAUGAAAAUGACUUGUUUUCCCAAUAUUCGUUUCCAAACCCCAAUUGAAAAAACGGAUAACGACUCGUUUUUCCAAUUCCCUUUUUUCUGCUCAAAUAAAAAAAAGGAAAAAAUGGUUAGGGAGCGUUUCAUCCAAUUUUGGUAUUUUAAUUUGACGCAUGUUGCGUGACCCGGAAGUGACCUGUGACCAGAAAGUACCCUUUACUCGUGGGACAACGACACGCCUAGCAACCAUCACGUUGGCUAACCGUUGCAUCAACACAAAUGGACAUUUUUGUGCUCUUCAGUGGAAGUAAGAGGGUUACUCUGAAGCCGGAAGACAUGACCACAGAGAAAAUAUCUGUUAUUUUCCAGGUCCAAAAGGAAACUGUUUAUUUGACAGACGACACCAACGUGGCCAUAUUUCCCCGAUCCGAUGGGGACUUCAAUUGUUUUGACCUCAUCGCCAGAGGCCAUUAUGAGGUGCAUGGUGACAGCACCACUGUGGAAAAAUCAGCAGGGGCACCUCACUCAGGCCAGCCUGUCCGUUUCUCUUUCCACCGCCCAACCAGCACAGCCACAAGCUCCUCCUGUCCAGUUCCAAGGAGCACCACAACAAGAACUUUUGUGAGGAAUGUCUUGAUUGCUGAAGUCCUGAAUGGAAAGCUGGAGACCAGCAAGAUGGUUACAGUCCGCUUCUCCGAGUUUGAAGCUUGUGUCGCAACAAUCACCAGUAAGGUGAAAGAGGCCCUUGGACAGCAGGAGUCAAUGAUUUUGACAGAUAGUCAGGGCAACGAAAUAAUUGACUCUGAUGGAACUCGGGGGUCAGCAUACUGGAAGCAAAAUUCAAGAAAAGUAUUUGCGGUGCCUGAACAACAGGUUGAGCUGGUACAAGUGCACAAAAGGAGGAGAUCGAGUCGAAGAGAAGAUACUGGCCUUCAAGACGUUUUAGCUGACAUCGAAGAGGUUGUCGAAGCAGCCCAGGGACUCAAGGAAGUGACGAAGAAGCUCAAGGAUUUGAGUGGAUUUGCACUUUCCACAAAGACAACAACCCUGUCUCUUUCAGAGGCUGAAGUAGAUUCCUUAAGAGUGGUCUUCGCCUGUCUUGUCUGCAAAGGUCCUGUAGAUAAGCCAAUGUUCGCAACCUGCUGCAGAAGCCUAAUCGGGUGUAAGGCAUGUAUUGCGGAGUGGAACAACAGCCACAGUUACUGCCCGAAGUGUCGUGCUGUGGAUUUGGGCACAUACAUCCACGAAGUGGCUGGACUCACCGAGGCGCUGGCAGCACUGGAAAAGUUUUUCCUUUAGUCUAUUCUUCCUGCUAUGGAAGCAACACAUGUUUGAUUAGUCAGUUCUUCAUAACAUUGUGCUUUAUAAUUUAACAAUGUCAAAUGUUCAAUUUUAAAGCACUUUUUUCAGUAUUACUGUCACAUAUUAAAUUAUUGUGGCACUCAGUACAGGGUUUACAAGAUUUUGUAUUUGUUAUACUUGUAUUUACUGCAUGGUCUGAUACGCAUACUGUCAUACCUUGCCAGUUCUUCAGAGCAUUGUGUUUUGUAAUGUAAUAAUGUAUAAUGAUAAAGCUUAAAGCACUUUUUUUGCAGUAUUACUGUCACAUGUUUAGUUAUUGUGGCACUCAGGGUUUACAAGGUUUUAUACUUUUAUAUACUUGUAUUUUUUGACAAAAUAAAUAUGCAGA